AUGUCGGGGCAGAAACCGUCCUUGAAGAGCGGCGGCUCCUCUCAGAGCCGCUUCCAGGUGGAUGUGGUUACAGAAGCAUCAUCCACACCGCCCACAGCGGCACCGGCUCCUGCCCCGGCCUCCACCGACGGAUCGAGGCCACCUGACGAGUCCAAAGGCCGGUUCAGGGUGGUGGGGUUCCUGGAUUCGGGCGCGCUGGGCAGCGCGAUGGACAUCGGGCUCCCGCCUGAUGUCUCUCACGAGCUGGACACGGCGAGGAGCGACUCGGUCAGCCUCCAUUCAACGGGCACGGGACAUACUCACAUCUCAGACUCCCACUCCAACACCUACUACAUGAGGACCUUCGGGCACAACACCAUAGACGCAGUGCCCAACAUCGACUUCUACCGGCAGACUGCUGCGCCUUUCGGCGAGAAGCUGACCAGACCGACGCUCUCUGAGCUGCACGAUGAACUCGAUAAAGAGCCAUUUGAGGAUGGUCUGGCCAAUGGAGAAGAGCCAUCAGCAGCUGAGGAGGCUGCAGCGGCCUUGGCAGCUAAGGAGGCGAAAGGAGGAACUGUCAAGUUUGGUUGGGUCAAAGGAGUCUUGAUCCGCUGCAUGCUGAAUAUCUGGGGUGUGAUGCUCUUUAUCCGAAUGUCUUGGAUUGUUGGACAGGCUGGAAUCGGACUGACCAUUGCUAUCAUUCUGAUGGCCACUCUGGUCACCACAAUCACUGGUCUGUCUACCUCUGCCAUAGCAACCAACGGCUUCGUACGAGGAGGAGGAGCGUACUACCUGAUCUCCAGGAGCCUGGGGCCAGAGUUCGGAGGCUCCAUCGGUCUCAUCUUUGCUUUUGCCAAUGCCGUGGCUGUGGCCAUGUAUGUCGUAGGCUUCGCAGAGACAGUCGUUGAGAUGCUUAAUGAUGUUGAUGCUUUGAUGACUGAUCAGCUAAAUGACAUUCGCAUCGUCGGGUGUCUGACAGUCAUUCUGCUGCUGGGAAUCUCUGUAGCUGGCAUGGAGUGGGAAGCCAAGGCUCAAAUUGUCCUCCUUGUGAUCCUGCUGGGAGCCAUCUUUAACUACUUCAUAGGAAGCUUCAUUUCAGUAGAAAGCAAAGAGCCCAAAGGAUUCUUUGGCUACCAAACUGCAAUCUUCUUAGAGAACCUGGGUCCAGACUUCAGAGACGAGGAAACGUUCUUCUCUGUGUUUGCCAUUUUCUUCCCUGCAGCCACUGGGAUCCUGGCUGGAGCCAACAUCUCUGGAGACCUCGCUGACCCUCAGUCAGCGAUCCCUAAAGGUACCCUGCUGGCCAUCCUCAUCACAGGAAUCACCUACGUGGCUAUUGCCAUCUCUGCAGGUUCCUGCAUUGUCCGGGAUGCCACCGGUGAUCACAACGACACGGUUAGCGACACGGUGAACUGUACCGAUGCCGCCUGCACGCUGGGCUACGACUUCUCCAUCUGCAAGGAGGGAGGCUGUCAGUACGGCCUGAUGAACGACUUCCAGGUGAUGAGUUUGGUGUCCGGAUUUGGUCCUCUGAUCACUGCAGGGAUUUUUUCAGCCACUCUAUCCUCUGCUCUGGCCUCGCUGGUCAGCGCACCCAAAGUCUUCCAGGCUCUGUGCAAGGACAACAUCUAUCCAGGGCUGAUUGUGUUUGCGAAGGGUUAUGGGAAGAAUAACGAGCCUCUCCGUGGUUACGUCCUGACCUUCUGCAUUGGCCUCGCCUUCAUCCUCAUUGCCGAGUUGAACAUCAUUGCCCCCAUCAUCUCAAACUUCUUCCUGGCCUCAUACGCUCUCAUUAACUUCUCCGUCUUCCACGCCUCCCUGGCCAACUCUCCAGGGUGGCGUCCCAGCUUCAAGUACUACAACAAGUGGGUGUCCCUUGCUGGGGCGAUCCUGUGCUGCGUGGUGAUGUUUGUCAUCAACUGGUGGGCAGCUCUGGUCACUCUGCUCAUCGUCCUUGCUCUCUACAUCUAUGUCAGCUACAAGAAACCUGAUGUGAACUGGGGUUCGUCCACUCAGGCCCUGAUCUACAACCAGGCUCUGACUCACUGUCUGAACCUCACUGGCAUCGAGGACCACGUCAAAAACUUCAGACCGCAGUGUUUGGUGCUGGCUGGCUAUCCAAACUCUCGUCCUGCUCUGCUUCAACUGGUUAAUUCUUUCACCAAGAACGUCGGCCUCAUGGUCUGCGCUCACGUCAGGACGGUGUCCCGUCGGCCAAACGUUAAGGAGUUGUACCAGGAUCGCUCUCGCUGCCAGCGUUGGCUUAACAAAAAACGGAUCAGGGCCUUCUACAUUCCUGUUUUUGCCGAAAACCUGCGGCACGGGGCCCAGUUCCUCCUGCAGGCUGUCGGUUUGGGUCGUCUGAAGCCCAACACUUUGGUCAUGGGUUUCAAGAACAACUGGAGUGAUGCAGACAUGAGAGAUGUGGAGAUUUAUAUCAACACUAUACAGUAA